AUGGCAUCGAUGGCUAGCGACCUUUACGAACCAUCUACCCUACUCAGGCAAAUUCAGCCGUGUCCAGAUCUAUAUAAAGAAGAUGAAUUCCAUCUUCCGACCUAUCUCACCUUCACGUAUGAGGGAAAACUCAAGCAUGAACUAGCAAUACAUUUACAGCACAAGGUGGCAACUCAAUCGCCCACCAAAACUCUCACAGUGUACUCUUUCUGCCGCGCCGUACAAUACAACAUAAUCCUCCCCACCACCUCCCUCCCACUCAGCGUGCAUAUCUGCCACUGCGCGAUCUGCUGCUACACACAUGGCAUACAAUGCGUCUUCCACGCCCCGCUCCCAGCAGGCAUUACCCCGCAAUGGGUCGCGCCCUCUGGCCCUCACGCACCGACCAGCUACAAACACUGCAGUGCGGCUCUAGGUGAGCGAUUAUUCUGCAGCACCUGCGGGUGCCAGAUCGGCGACCUCAAGUCUUCCAAGGAACAACCGAUGAAAUGGAACAAGACCCGAACGAGAAAUAGGGUCGUUGGACCGUGUCCACCUCCACCAUCUUCAUCGACCACAGCCCAGCCAAUUUCCAAAUCGGCAUAUCUUCACCAGCUCCACGCAGGCGGGCGCAGGAAUACGCCAACUCCUCCUACGCAUUGGCGGGCGUGA